AUGCUUUCUACGUUGUUACGUCGAUCUCUAUCCAACCUUAAAAGGCCGGGGAAAAACUAUAAUAUUUUGGUGGUCGGUGGAGGAAUUGCUGGCCCUGCUCUAGCCUUUUUUUUACAUCGUUAUGGUAUGAAACCUGUGGUGGUUGAGCGUGCAUCGGAAAUACGUCUAUCUGGUCAAUGGGUAGAUCUUGAAAAUGAGGGGAAAGAAGUUGCUUGGCGUAUGGGAAUCGAAAGUAAAGUCCGUCAGAAGAUUGCUGAAGAGCAAGGUAUACACAUUGUCGAUAGCACGGGACGACCGCAAGCUAGUUUCGAUGCGCAUAGCUUUGGCGAAAAAGACUUUGUUGAACAGAUUGAAAUUCGGCGUCCGGAAUUAGCCAAUAUCCUCUACGAACACAUCCGUAACGACGUCGAAUAUGUUUUCGGCGAUUCGCCGCAAUCUAUUGACGAUCGUGGCGAUAUAGUGCAAGUCAAAUUUGCUAGCGGUAAUGUUCGCGAAUUCGAUUUAGUCGUGGGUGCUGAUGGUAUACACUCAAAGACUCGACGUCUUGUCUUCGGCGAUGAAUCGUCUAUUGCUUACGCUGACUUAUACACGGCAUAUUUUUCUAUUCCUCGCAGCGACUCCGAUGGUAAUUGGGUUCGUUUUUAUGCUGCGCCUGGAGGACGAUCAGUUGCACUUCGUCCAGAUAGUCAAGUCAGAACGCAAAUAUAUCUCUGCUUUCGAAGUAAAGAACGCGGCUACGAAUACCUCGGUGUCGACAUGCAAAAACAUUUAUUACAAAAGUUAUUUGCUGACGUUGAUUUUGAAGCCCCUCGAAUUCUUCGUGAACUACCGAACUCAGAUGAUUUCUAUUUUAAUACUGUUGGACAGGUCAGAAUGGAUCGAUGGUCGAGAGGACGAGUGACUCUGGUGGGUGACGCUGGCUACUGUCCUUCUCCGCUCACCGGCAUGGGAGCAAACGUGGCUCUUGUUGGCGCUUACAUUCUUGCCGGCGAACUUUCACGCCAUCAGGAUUACAACGAGGCAUUUAAACAAUAUGAAACAUGGAUGCGUCCCUAUCUGGCAGAAGCUCAGAAAAUCAUUCCUGGAAGUGUGCGUCUGGCUUUACCAAAAACACGCACUGCGAUUGCCUUGCGAAACGCUGUACUUGGCUUUGUGUUUAGACCUCACAUCGCUCGAUUUAUCGGAAAACUUGUCACUUCGAAAGCUUCUCGGAAGAGUGUGCUACCGAAUUAUGAGAUUGUACCGACUUCCUAA